AUGUCAAACACAAGGCCCGCGGGCCGCAUGCGGCCCGCGAACUGGUUUCAUGUGGCCCGCAAAGCCAUCCUGGAAAUCAUCUUGGCUUUAAAAGUAAUAUUCAAGUCUGUCUUGGAGAAAGCUCAGAUGGAACAUCAGCUUCGGAGAGAGAUAGAAAUCUUAAGUCAUCUCAGACAUCCAAACAUUUUAAGAAUGUAUAACUACUUUCACGAUAAGACACGGAUUUUUCUGAUGCUGGAAUAUGCUCCAGGGGGAGAGCUGUACAAGGAAUUACAAAAAAAUAAUCGAUUUGAUGAUAAUAGAACGGCCACUUACAUUGAAGAAAUAGCCGAUGCUCUGAUGUACUGCCAUGCUCAGAAAGUGAUCCAUAGAGAUAUCAAGCCUGAAAAUCUCCUUUUAGGAUUAAGAGGAGAGCUGAAGUUGGCGGAUUUUGGCUGGUCAGUGCAUACACUUUCACUGAGGAGGACAACACUAUGUGGCACCACAGAUUAUCUUGCUCCAGAAAUGAUAGAAGGGAGUCCCCAUGAUGAAAAUGUUGAUGUGUGGUGUGUUGGCAUUCUUUGUUAUGAGUGUCUUGCAGGAUAUGCACCUUUUGAAGCACCUACUCGUAUGGAGACAUUCAGACGAAUAAAGGAGGUGAAUUUUAAAUUUCCUCCUUGGAUAUCAGAGGGAGCCAAGGAUCUAAUUGCUAAAGUUCUUAACCGUACACCUUCUAUGAGACUUCCUCUGAAAGGAAUAAUGGAACAUCCAUGGGUUAAGACAAAGUCAAGAAGAAUUUUGCCACCUAUCUACAAUGAAGUAGAAAAGUAA